AUGAAUGUAGAAAGCCUAGAAGAGAAUGACUCAGUAGUUGAAGACAAGAAAGAAACACCAAAUCAAGUUUCUGAAGAAACUACAGAAAAACCAGAGACGAACGAGGUUGAGGAUGCUCAGGAAAAGAAAGCUAAUGAUUCUGAAUUCCAGCAAACAGCUGAAGUGAAACCUGAAGAGGCUCCUGAGCAAAAUGGUACAUCAACUGAGGAAAAGGAGCCAACAACUGCUGAGGAAGAACCUAAAGAAAACGGUACCGUUGAAAAAGAAGAGGAUGCUGAAAUAAAAGAUCAAGAAGAGAAACCCUCUGAAGAUUCUAAAACAGAGGAAUCUACCGAGAAACAAAAGUCUGAAGGUACUCCCAAGUCAGCAGUCAAAAAUACUACAAAGCAAAAAGGCGGAGAAAAACCAACCACGGAUUAUAAACCCGGUAUGCGUGUAUUAACUAAGCUUGCUGGAUUUCCUUGGUGGCCAAGUAUGAUUAUUACAGAAGAUAAAAUGACUUCUGUAGCUCUGAAGAGCAAACCUAAACGUGCGGAAAACUAUCAUCCUGUAAUUUUUUUCCCUAAUAAAGAAUAUUUGUGGGCAAGUCCAGAUGCUUUAUCUCCUUUAAGUGAAGAUGCCAUUUCUGAAUAUCUUGAAAAGCCCAAACCCAAGACUGCAAGUUUAAUCAAAGCUUAUAAGGUUGCUCAGGCUACGAAGAGUUUAGAGAACGUCUCCCCUCCUCCUUCUGACGUCGAAGAAUCUGAAGAGGAGUCUGAGGGCGAAGAACAAGAGGAAUCGGAAGCUUCCGUCGAAGAAUCGGAAGAAGAAGAAACAAAGCGGCCGACUCGAGCCAGUGCUAGACGGGGAGGUAAGAAAGGUACUAAGAAAUCUGUGUCUUUCGAUCCUUCGUUGGAUGCUUCUAAUAAAAAGCGCUCUUCAACGGAAAAUGCGUCACCUAAUGCUAAGAGAACUCGGGCUUCUCCUCGAAAAGGUUCCCAACAGGUGAAAAAGGCGGAUGCUCCGGCGAAGAAGAAGGCUAAAAAGGAUGAAGAGGAAGAAGAUGAGGUGGAAGAGGAAGAGGAAGCGGAGAAUAAAGAAGAAGAGGUGGAAGAGGAAGAGGAAGCGGAGAAUAAAGAAGAAGAGAAACCUGCAGUAAGUGAAGAGGAAGCAGCUGAGCGUACUUUUAAAUCUAGGGAACAGUCCCUGUUGUUUCUCCGCCAUAAAUUGCAAGGUAGUCUUUUGGCACCAAAUGCCGACUUGUCCAAACAAAAUUAUGAAAUCAUUCAUGGAUAUCUUGAGAAACUUUCCACGUUCCAAGGAUUGGAUGCUUCCCUUGUCCAAAACACAAAGAUUGCGGUUGUUGUGAAGAAAAUCUAUAGUUUGACGGAUUUACCUGCUGAACAAGAAGAAUCCAUAAAGAAGAUUUGUCAUGAACUUCUUGAGGAUAAAUGGAAACCUAUUAUGCAAGCUAUUUCUCAGCAAAAGCAAUCUUCUGGCGAGACCAAGUCAGAGACACCAGAACCAACAGCUGAGCAAGCUGAAGAGACAAAGUCGGUUGAGGGCAACGAUGCCGUAGAAAAGAAGGUAGAAACGGAAGAAUCAAAAGAACCUUCUCAAGACCUUGACGAAAAGGUGGAAAAUGAGCCCGAGUCGAAUGAAAAGUCAGAAUCAGAAACGACAGAAUCAAAAGAUACACCUAUGACAGAUGCUACUCCCUCAACAACAGAAGCAUCCGCUCCAGCUGACUCUGAAAAGCCAACCGAGGAGCAAAAGGAAGAACCUUCAGCAUAAAAGGAAACUAAUACUAUGUAAACUUAGUCACAAAUCCGGAAGGCUUCAUUGCUCGAAUUGGUUUCUGGGAAACAUAUUUUGUUUAUUGAAAUUUUUUGAUGAUUAGAAAAAU